CGUCCCCGCCGCCCCCCGGCCGCCCGCGGGCCGCCCCCCGGGCCCUGCGCCCCCUCCCCCGCUGGCGGGGCCCGGACGGAAGAUGGUGCAGAAGAAAACCGCCGAGCUGGAGGGCUUCCACCGCUCGUUCAAGGGGCCGAAUCCUUUCGAGCUGGCCUUCUCCCUAGACCAGGCCCACCACGGGGACGGGGACGCUGACUUCGGCCUAGAGUGCCCAGCCCGUCCUGACAUGCCAACCAGCCAGCCCAUCGACAUCCCGGACGCUAAGAAAAGAGGCAAGAAGAAGAAGCGAUGCCGGGCUACUGACAGCUUCUCGGGCCGGUUUGAAGGUCAGGGGGCGUGGGUACAGGUGAUGGGUGGGGGACCUGGCAGCCAAGGGUGGCCCUCACACCCUCCCCCCACCACCCCAGACGUGUACCAGCUGCAAGAGGAUGUGCUGGGUGAGGGUGCACAUGCCCGCGUGCAGACCUGUGUCAAUCUCAUUACCAACCAGGAGUAUGCUGUCAAGAUCAUUGAAAAGCAGCCAGGGCACAUCCGGAGCAGGGUGUUCCGGGAAGUGGAGAUGCUGUACCAGUGCCAGGGACACAGGAAUGUUCUGGAGCUGAUCGAGUUCUUUGAGGAAGAGGACCGCUUCUACCUGGUGUUUGAGAAGAUGCGGGGAGGCUCCAUCCUGAACCACAUUCAUCAGCGCCGCCACUUCAACGAGCUGGAGGCCAGCGUGGUGGUGCAGGACGUGGCCAGCGCCCUGGACUUCCUGCACAACAAAGGCAUCGCCCACCGGGAUCUCAAGCCAGAAAACAUCCUGUGUGAACACCCCAACCAGGUCUCUCCGGUGAAGAUCUGCGACUUCGACUUGGGCAGUGGCAUCAAGCUCAACGGGGACUGCUCCCCCAUCUCCACGCCAGAGCUGCUCACCCCGUGUGGCUCCGCCGAGUACAUGGCCCCUGAGGUGGUGGAGGCCUUCAGCGAGGAGGCCAGCAUCUAUGACAAGCGCUGCGACCUGUGGAGCCUGGGCGUCAUCCUCUACAUUCUGCUCAGCGGCUACCCGCCUUUCGUCGGCCACUGCGGCAGCGACUGCGGCUGGGACCGCGGGGAGGCCUGCCCAGCCUGCCAGAACAUGCUGUUUGAGAGCAUCCAGGAGGGCAAGUAUGAGUUUCCAGACAAGGACUGGGCCCACAUCUCCUUUGCUGCCAAAGACCUCAUCUCCAAGCUCCUUGUGCGUGACGCCAAGCAGAGGCUGAGCGCGGCUCAGGUCCUGCAGCAUCCCUGGGUGCAGGGGUGCGCCCCGGAGAACACACUGCCCACGCCCAUGGUCCUGCAGAGGAACAGCUGUGCCAAAGACCUGACGUCCUUCGCAGCCGAAGCCAUCGCCAUGAACCGGCAGCUGGCCCAGCGCGAAGAGGACGCGGAUGGCGAGGCAGGGCCUGGCAGGCCCGUUCUCAUCCGAGCUACCUCACGCUGCCUGCAGCUGUCGCCGCCCGCCCAGUCGCAGCUGGCCCAGCGGCGCCAGAGGGCCAGCCUGUCCAGGGGGGCGGCGCCCGUGGUCCUGGUGGGCGAUCGCGCGUGAGCGCCCCUCCCCGCCCCGCCCCGCCCCUCCCGCCCUCUGUACAUAGCCCCGCCCCGCCCGACCUUCUCCCAGACCUACAGAUUUUUUAAGCUAUUGCCGCCACCGCUGGUGGCCCCAAGCUCAGCUGGGGGCGGUGUUUUCCUUAUAAGGUUUUGCUGUUGGGUUUAUUUCCCUUUUUUCCAUUUCCUCUUCUCCCGCCUUUCUAUUUUUCUAUUUUUAACGGUGUUAAAAGCAAAAUCGAGCACCCAGAGAUGAGGGUGUGCGUGUCGCCGGGUCCUCUCUCCGCUGCCCCGCCCCCCUCACCUGUACUGUGAACGGCCCACUGGGCCCCUGCUGAGGUCACCUGCCACUACCACCUCCCGCAUCCCUUCAGGAGAGUUCGGCCUUCAGGGCCGCCUGCAGAGGAGCUUUCCAGAGCCAGGGUGGCCCGAGUGCCACCCUCCUCCCCAUCCCUGGGGUCUCCUCCCUCUCC